AUGGCAGCUGUAGUCGGCGAAUUCGUCCCCGAUCUGUCCCGCUUCCAUGAUAUGAUCGUCACCCCCUCGUCGACUCUACACCAGCAGGCCCAACCCCAGCACCGCCGCCCGUCAUCUUCUUCUGCCUCCCCGCGCCGACGCCCGUCUUCGCGCUCCCGCUCCUCCCCUCGCUCGGCACACGCGACGGCCUCGACGACGUCGCCCUCUUCCCGCCGCCCCGCUCAGCCGCCUGCACAGACGGUGCCUGGUCGCCACCCUCCGCGAGAGCCAUCCGCGUCUUCCUCCUCCACCCCCGUCGCCGCCGACAGCCUGCACAGCGAAACCACCCCCACCGCAGCCGACGACGUGGCCGCCACCGCGAUCAAGAGGGGCUUCGAGCCCUCCACGGGCGGCGACUCGCGCAUCCCCUCGCCGCCUCCCUCCUCGUCGCCCGCUGUCGCUGCCGGUCCCGCGGAAGCCGACGAUGCAAAGACGGCAUCUAUGGCAUCACAGCUCGGAGACCGCGUCUCCGAUCACCACUCGGCCUUGCGCCCUGAUACGGCCGCCAUGAGCGCCUCUGCGCGACGGCAGCAACCGUCGCCACCCGACGACGGCUUCCACGUCCCCUCCACCUCCGCCCCGUAUCUGUCCUCGGCUGCGGCAUCGAAUCCGGAGCAGACCGUCGUCCACGUCCGCGAUCUCGCCCACAUACAGACCCUCGCCGGCGCCAACAUGCUCGGCGGGUCCGGGCCCAGCGCGGCGGGCGAUGCCCCAAUCAAGUACGAGAUAAGCGGCAUGCCUAUCAGCGACAUCAUCGAGAUGGUCGCCGCCCUAUUAACCAAGAUCACUUCCACCAACGACCUGCAACACGAUGCCAUGCAGCGCAAUGUCGCCCAUCAGCAGCAGGCCAACCAGAACAGCGACAACGCAGGCGGCUCCCAGAUGAGCCCGCUGAGCCACUCGGUCCUCGCCUUCCACGGCAAGAACGUGCCUGCCAUCACCAUUCUCAGCUAUCUCUCUCGCAUACACAAGUACUGCCCAACAACAUACGAGGUCUUCCUGAGCCUUCUCGUCUACUUUGACCGCAUGACGGAACGCGUCAACGACCUCGUCAUGAAGACGGAGGAAGCACGGCGGCAGUCCGUAUCCCGCCCCGUGUCAUCCCACCAGCCCGCCACUCAGCAUGACACUGCCAUGCCGGACGACUCCCACGCCGCUCGCGCUUCGGACGAGAGCGACUCAGACCUCGCCGACGACGAUGACGAUGACAUGGCGGACUCGCCCACCAGUUCUGCUCGCAGAGAAAGCACCCGGAUCAUCACGGUGCCUGACGAGCAGGUCCCUGCCAUUGGACCUGCCACUUAUUUUGUCGUGGACAGCUUCAACAUUCACAGACUAAUCAUCGCCGGGGUGACCUGCGCCAGCAAGUUCUUCUCCGAUGUCUUCUAUACCAAUUCCAGAUACGCCAAGGUCGGUGGUCUCCCUCUCGCCGAACUCAACCAUCUCGAGAUCCAAUUUCUCGUCCUCAACGACUUCCGUCUCGCUGUGCCCGUGGAAGACCUCGAGGCGUAUGCGACGAUGCUCGUCGAAUUCUAUGCGCGUGAGGUUAUUGCGCACAAGACGGCACCUGAACCGGUGUCCUAG